GUGAGUCUUCAGCGGUGUUUUGUCGACUUUUAGCUGUCAAACUGCUCUUCCGGCGUCCCUUUAUGAGAUAAAAAUAACUUUAUAACCCAUCACAAGACAACAGUGGAAUAACACCUCACACUUUCAAGGAUUUACACCAUUUUAAAAAUGUUUUUAUCGACCCCGUGACGCCAGCUAAACUUUAAAAAUGCCUCGGAUGUUUGUACAGUGUUAGCUACAAGCUAACUAGCUUAACCGGUAAACUUGUCAACAGGCGGAUAAAUCCUGAUGGAGGAUGGUGAGGAAACCUCCGCCGAGGUUCAGGCUGUCUGCUCGGAUGUCCCGAGGACACCAAACAAGGAGCUGAAGAAACUUUUGUUUUUUAAAGUUUACAAGAGGAGGUGGUUUGUGCUGCUGGUGCUGUGUCUGUUAAACUGCUCCAACGCAACGAUAUGGCUGACCUUUGCACCGGUAGCAGACCAGUCUGCCCAGUAUAUGAAGGUCAGUCUGGAGCAGAUCAACUGGUUGUCACUGGUCUUCAUGGUGGUGGCCAUACCUUUCAGCCUUGGGACCACAUGGAUGCUGGACACUGUUGGUCUACGGGUCACGAUGAUUCUGGGAGCCUGGCUCAACAUGUUCGGAGCGCUGCUGCGUUUCUUGGGGACGCCUCCGGAGGAGCAGUUUCACUACCGGUACUACUUUGCGAUGUUGGGUCAGCUCCUCGGUGCCUUCGCUCAGCCCCUCGUCAUCUUCACCCCCACCAAGCUGGCAGCUCUCUGGUUCCCCGAACACCAGCGCGCCACGGCGAACAUGAUCGCCUCCAUGUCUAAUCCUCUGGGCAUCCUGCUCGCUAACAUCAUCUCUCCCAUGGUGGCUGGAGAAUCGAAACAAAUCCCCGACCUGCUGCUCGCCUAUGCCAUCCCGGCGUGCAUCAUCUGUUUCCUAGCAACAGUGGGGAUACGGAGCAGCACACCCCCAACGCCGCCGUCGGCCAGCGCCGAGUCCUCCAGCUCCGAGCCGUUCAUACAUGGGAUCAAACUGUUACUGAAGAACAAAGCCUACCUGCUGCUGCUGCUGUGCAUCGGUUCGGGCAUGGCUGUUUUCACCUGCUUCUCCACGCUGCUGGAGCAGAUCCUGUGUGUGCAAGGAUACACUAAUGAGUUUGCCGGCAUUUGUGGCGCUCUCUUCAUCGGGUUUGGCAUCGUGGGUGCCGGCGCUCUCGGUCUCUACGUCGACAAGACCAAGAACUUCAUCGAAGCCACAAAGAUCAACAUGAGCUUCACGGCUCUGUCGUGCAUCGCCUUCUCUGUGGUGUCUCUGAUGCCGCAGCAGAAAGCCACCGUGGCCGCCGUCUGCUCCCUUUUCGGCUUCUUUGGUUUCUCCAUUUACCCGGUGGCCAUGGAGCUGUCGGUGGAGUGUUCGUAUCCCGUCGGAGAAGCCACAUCGGCCGGACUCAUCUUCAUCUCGGGGCAGGUUCAGUCUGCUCUCUACAUCAUCUUCCUUCAGGCUUUAACCAAACGCCUCGCAGAGGUUCCUCUGUCGACCUGCGGGGACGCCGUCCUGAGCUGGAGGGUGCCGAUGCCGGUGAUGGCGGGACUGUGCAGUUUCUGCUCGUGCAUCUUCGUGAUCUUCUUCCACACACGAUACAGACGACUGGAGGCCGAGGAGCAAGCGAUGUACGGCGGCAAAGAGUGCGACGUCCAGACGACAGACGGGCACGCUCCGAGUGAGGAGACGUGAACCUGCUGACCAGUGACAGACAGAGGGGAUUAUGGGUGUGACCACUGUUUUCCUUUGGUGCAAAACAGAGCAGGAAGGUAGAUCAUUUUUUAUUUUAGUAACUUCAGAUUUAGAGGUAAACACGUUCCUCUUCCUGUUGAUUCUUUUGUACGACACUGAGGCCAAACUGUUUUUUUCUUCUGUACGUUGAUUUACAAAAACAAACUCUAAAUCUGAUAUUCUUCAUCAUUCCACCUCUUAAAAUAGAAAAUAUGUUUUCGCAAUGCAGUGAAAGAUUUUAUACUUUUGUACAAAAAGUAAAGUAAAUAAGUAGUUUGUAGAGACAAAAUCUGUAAAUUAUUGUUUUCCAGACGCUUUGUUCUUCAGUUAGCCGGGAAAUCAUUCUCUGAAUGGAGGCAAAAACGUAACAUUCCUACACUGAUCAUGUAUUUAAGUGAUUUUUUUGGAUUGCCAGGUGCUUUUGAGAUCUUAGAGUACAUUUUUUGGACACUUUUCCCCCGUUAUUUUGGGAUCACAUAACAGCAGCAGCUCACACAGUCGUCUGUAGUGAAAUCACACUCUACUGUAAUCAUGCACAAAAAAACAGCAUUCGGUGUUUUUCCCAUUCCAACUUUAAUGACUAUGUUGUCUUAAAAGUCUCAAAACGAUUGUCAUCAUCUUCUUUUGUUUAAAUAAUUUAAUAAAUUCCUUUUCUUAAACUCGUCACGAUAGGAAUUCAAAUAGUGGAGUGUCAUGUAUACUGAGACACAAAAUCGCUCAGGAAUCCGUCCGGAAACGCCAGAUAAUUCCCACUUUUAUGGUGAACUAAACAGAUACUUUUAUGAUAAUAUAAUACGUUCAUUAUCUUAUAUGUGUUCCACUAUAAAAAUGAUUGUUUUUUCAACAUUUACAAAAGAUCGUCUAACUUUUUCUUUUCAAACAUCGUGUUUUAUGUUACAAUAAACAAUUGGGCAAAAUGAAAUUGUCCAUCUUCAGUUUUGGUUAUUGGGAAAUUGGUCUUAAACACAACUCCUAUCUGAUUCCUAAUAAAUUUAGGAAUAUGAAAGGAUGCAGCUUUUUGUGUUAAGCGGCAGGAACCCUGUGAAAGCUAAAUUUGUGGAUUUUGGACCGGAGCACCUGUAAGCAAAAGCAAACUGUUUUCUUUUUAAUAACUGUGCCAAUGAGCAGAUCAACCAAACACAGUAAUACUGCUGCACCACAUUCUGAGUCUGUGACUGCGGCGUGAAAACGAGACGCCGCUAAUGACAGCACUCGACUUGUUGAUGCCUUAAAUUUGAAAAAAAAAAGCUUCCAUCUAAAGGACUGCAGACGUUACAGGUUAAAGGUUGCUGACAUUUUGAAGACGGUUGUGGGUUUUGUGCAAUUAAGGGAAUAAAUUCAGCGCUGAUUCUGGAUAGAAAUGACGCAUUUGUGUGCCAUGUUUAACAUGAAUGAUAUUUUUUUUAAGGUAGGACUCGUGAAGACCAAUAAUAGAGUUGCUUUGUAUUUUCCAAAGAGGCAAUGUAACGUGUCAAAUAUGUCCGACCUCACCUCGUAUUUUUGCACUUGUUCCUUCUCACCUGUUUCUGAAUGCAAAGACUGCAAAAAUGAAAUGUUCUGUUUUCUGUUUGCAUGCCUUAAAAUGUCAAUAAAAUUUUACCUCAGACACUCA